AUGUCUCGCCUACCACCACCAACAUCAGUUUCGAAUGUAUGGUCUUCAGCUGUGGGUCCUUCACCAAUUGGACCUCCGAUAACAGGACCUACACAGCAAGGUGGUGGCAAUCCUACCGGGUUACCUACAAUGAAUAAUCCGAAUUUAUCAUCGCUUACAACAGGAAAUACAGGCAAUCUACCACCGCUUCCACCAUUUCCUUCUACACAGCAACUGAUAGGUCCUGCAAAUAGUUUCGGUUCCAAUGAUUAUGCAACAGCUAACACCUUACCGUCAGUGAAUGUAAUGCCAACAAAUUUAAUACCAAAUCUAGCACAAACUUUUCAAAAUGAUGCUAAUAGUCGACGAUUGAGGCAACUUGAAGACGAAAAUCUGCGACGACGAAAUACUGCAAUGUCUCUUCAACAAAUGGGUACACAUAUACUACAAAGUCAGAUGGAUGUACAAGAACAAGUAUUACAAUAUCAAUUUAUGUUAGAACAAUGUAUGAACACUCUUGAUUAUCAAAAUUUUUUAUUAAGUGGACAAACUGAAGAAUUAGCAUUGAUUCGAGCAAAAAUGCGACAUUUUGAAUAUUUUAUGGAUGCAAUUAGACAGAUGAAAAAAAGUAGACUUCUUCGACAACAUGGAGCUGAAGAUUCUAAUAUCAACGAUUGUGAUUUUCUCAAUACUCCAAAUCCUUUAUUACCCCUUUUCACUGGACGUCUGACUUCAUCACAAUUUCAACCUCUCAAUCUACGUCGAUCAUCAAAGCUAAAUGAAUCUCGAAGGAUGACACCAUCGAUACCAAAUUUAAGUGCUGAUAAUGCCCGACUUUCACGUCCUAUUAGUAAUGUCAACAAUUGA